CAUACAUUUGGAUUAAUUUUCUGAACCUUUCUUUAAUCCAUGCCUUGUAGUGAAAUAUUGUAGAGUGGGCCUCAAACAGUUAUUUAUUUGAAACCAUGAGAGGGGAAAUGUCUCUUUGGUGGGAACUGCAAACAUCUCAUAGACCUCAGACAUAACAAAGAGACACAAAUACACAUUGAUGUUUUUGUAAAGGCACACAAGCCAAAAAGUUUGGGAAACACUUGGUUAAUCUUUAAUAAUGCAGGCUGAUUUAUAAGCUCAAUAUUAUGCUACUUUAUUAAAUAUAUGAAAGUAACUAAAGCUGUCAAAUAAUUGUUGUGGAGUAGAAAGUACAUUAUUAGACAUGUAUUAGAUUAUGAUUAUAACCAGGGUCGUAUUACUUGUCAGGGGCCCCAGAUUUGCUGUGUGAUGUGUGUAAUUUAAUUAAAAAUACAUUAAUUUAGCGAUGUGCUACAUCUGAGCACAAAACUGAAAUAAUCGAGGCCCUAAAACUUGAGUUUGGCACGGACCCUCAAGAUCAAGUUAUCAAGAUCCACCUUAAAGUUAUUAUAAUAUAAUUUUGUGCAUCAGUGAUGCAUAUUACCAAACACAUUGUCAAUUAAAUUAACACAAAAAAGUAUGGAGCUUUUGGAGAAGUUGCCUGCUUUGCUGGUUGGUAAUCCAGCUUUGGUUAUAUCUGUAUCUCCUUUCAGGUUUUUGGUUGACACCUUUGUGUAUGUGUGUGUGUGUAAGGUCAAUGAACAUCUGUCUCCAUUUUGUCUCCAUUUUCAUCAGGCAUAACAAUAGAAAUGUCGAGGACUUUAUCGUUUUAUCCCUGACAAAGUCUGACACGUUGUAUUUUACAAUGUGUUAGAGUGUUGUCAACUAAAAAAGGUCCACUUCCUCUCUAUUUCAACUGUAUCACAUGGUCUUCAUCAGCAGUUGGCGUUGGCUCAGUUAUCACGGAUGAUGAAUCUGAUGGGUGAGAUGGAUCUUUAGAUCUGAGGUUGGAUCUCAUCAUCUCCAUGACAACUGAGCAAACUCCAUCCGCUGAUGAAGGCCAUGUGAUACAGCUUAAAGCUGUAAGAAAAAAGCAAGUAAACUGACCUCGAAAUUAGGCUGUCAAGUUAUUUCCAAGGUCAAGAAGGAACGUGAUGGUUUUAAAAGCUGCUGUGGAUGAAAUCAUAACAGCUACUGAGCUGGUUGGAAGUCCUGGAAAAGGCCAAUAAGGGGACUUUAAAUUAGGAUUGUUCUGUCAAAGAGUGUGUAUUUUUUAUUAAGGAGUAACUGAGAGUAAUUGCCAAAAUGCAUUUAUGUUUCACUUUAGGUUUCCCUUGGCUGGAAAGCUGGAUGUGUUCUUUUAGAGGUCCUGCCUGGCUUUGAUACCCUUUGACAGCAAAAAUAUCUCUUCCUGAGGUUUGACUAAGCACCAGUUUGAUCACUGACAUGUCACGCUGGCUUAAGAUAAGAUAGAAAAUGUUGUAUACUGCUCAUUAAAUUCAGUCCACCACGUGUUUAACAAUCUAACAUGUGUUUAAGGUUGGGAGAGCCCAUCAAAAUCUUGCCACAGACACAACAGUGACUGGCAGAACUCUCUCUACUAAUGGUGUUUUUUCCCAGGAGAAAUAAUACAGCUUUUGUCUUCAGGCUACGUAGAGCAUAAUCCCUGCACCUGGAUUAUGGUUGCACUGAGACAAGCGAGUUAAGGCAUUUUGUGUUCAGACCAAAGAACAACUGGCCUCAUUUCAUCGAAUUAGCAUUGUGCGUAACGGUCAUUGUACAAGAUCUCCUAAUAAUAGCAGCUGUUAUUGUUGUUUCAGGAUAAAUAUUAUUUUUAUCUGCGUGAUCCUUUGUUAUUUCAGAAAACUAUUAAUUAAUCUAAAUUAAAGAGGUAGUAUUCUCCUGAAAUACAAACAGGUUUUUAUUCAUUUAAUGGUUCUUUGUAUAAAUUCAGAUCCUUAAUAGUCUGAAUAGGUGGGCAGUUGUUGCACGUGUAACCAAGACUGUCAGUAAUGUGGAUGGCAAUAAUCUGAAUUACUAAAUUUACAUUCUGUUGUUUUUAAGACUUGCUUUAUGCUUUUUUUAACGCCUUUACAUUGCAUUAGUACUCUGAAAUAUACUUUGUGUGACUCAGCACCACUUUAUUUUAAGGGACGAAAUCUGAACAAUUGAUGCAAUUGAAAAAAAAAAAUCACAUGCACCGUUGCAACAUGUUCUCCAAUUCCCUGCAAUAAAUAUUCUUGGCAAUAAAUCCGGUUUCAGGAGGGUGGCCAUUGAGUCAUCCAGCAGAGGAUAUUGGCACAAUGGGAUUCUUGUUCAUGGUGCAACAUGAUUGGCCAGGAGAAAGGUUUACGGCACAGAUUGGAGUGACUGUGAGGGGGACUGGACGAAUAAAUACCCCAAAUCCACUGGGAGGUCAGAGACUUCCAAUUCAGAAGUGACCAGAGGUUUUCUUAAGAGUUUGCUUUGUGUGUUGCCACAACAAGAGGAAGGAACCAUGGUUAGCAGAUUUGAACACCCAGCUGGUGGCUACAGGAAGAUUUUCGAGACAUGCGAGGAGCUGUCUGAGACACUUCCAGCAACAGUCACAGGUAGGAUUCCUUCAUUUCUGAAAGGAAGUCUUCUCCGUUUGGGACCUGGUCUUUUUGAGGUUGGAGAUGAACCCUUUUAUCACCUCUUUGACGGCCAGGCCCUCAUGCACAAAUUUGACUUCAAGAACGGACAGGUCACCUACUUUCGAAAGUUUGUCAGAACAGACGCUUAUGUGCGAGCCAUCACAGAGAAGCGUGUGGUGAUCACUGAGUUUGGCACAUUUGCAUAUCCCGAUCCCUGCAAAAACAUUUUCUCCAGGUUUUUCUCUUACUUCAAGGGUGUUGAGGUCACAGACAACUGCCUGGUGAAUGUCUAUCCUGUUGGUGAGGAUUUCUACGCUGUAACAGAAACCAACUACAUCACUAAAGUAAACACUGAUACCUUGGAGACGCUGAAGAAGGUUGAUAUGUGCAACUAUAUCAACAUUAAUGGAGUGACAGCCCACCCCCAUAUUGAGAGAGACGGCACUGUGUUUAACAUUGGGAACUGCAUGGGGAAAGGAGCAACGCUGGCCUAUAACAUCGUCAAGAUACCACCCACACAGAAAGACAAAUCUGAUCCCAUCGAGAAGUCCAAGGUGGUGGUGCAGUUCCCCAGUGCUGAAAGGUUCAAGCCCUCCUACGUGCACAGCUUCGGCAUGUCAGACAACUACUUUGUCUUUGUGGAGACCCCAGUGAAAAUCAAUCUGCUGAAAUUCUUGAGCGCCUGGAGCAUCCGAGGCUCCAACUACAUGGACUGCUUCGAGUCCAAUGAGAGCCAAGGGACAUUGUUCCACAUCGCCAAGAAAGACCCAGGAGAGUACAUCGACCACAAGUUCAAAGGGGCACCCAUUGGCAUGUUUCAUCACAUCAACACCUAUGAGGACAAUGGCUUCAUUGUUUUUGACCUAUGUGCAUGGAAGGGCUUUGAGUUUGUUUACAACUACCUGUGGCUGGCUAACCUGAGAGCCAACUGGGACGAGGUGAAGAAGGCGGCCAUGAUGGCGCCCCAGCCGGAGGUCCGCAGAUAUGUUAUUCCCCUGGACGUCCACAAGGAGGAGCAGGGGAAGAACCUCGUCAGCCUGCCGUAUACCACGGCCACAGCGGUGAUGCAUGCUGACGGGACGAUCUGGCUGGAGCCUGAGGUGCUGUUCUCUGGACCUCGCCAAGCUUUUGAGUUCCCUCAGAUCAACUACGAGAGGUAUGGAGGGAAGAAUUACACAUACGCCUACGGCCUGGGUCUCAACCAUUUCAUACCAGACAGGAUCUGCAAGUUGAAUGUGAAGACCAAGGAGACCUGGGUAUGGCAGGAGCCGGACUCCUACCCCUCAGAGCCCCUGUUUGUUCAGACCCCUGAUGGGGUUGACGAGGAUGAUGGUGUGCUGCUGACCAUUGUGGCGGCUCCUGGUUCCCAGAGACCAGCAUACCUCCUCAUCCUCAACGCCAAGGAUCUGUCUGAGGUCGCCAGAGCCGAAGUGGAGUGCUCCAUUCCUGUCACCUUUCACGGGAUGUACAAACCGUAAUGAUGCAUCACUCAGGUCGUCAAGUAGUCAACCAUUUUUAGGGUUCUCAAUUGCCACUCAGAGUUAGAACGGGGAUAAAUAAUGACUAAAGGUAUCAUUGUGUCAAGAAAAAUAAAGUUUUAUCAGGAAUAAUGAUUGUCCCCGUUUGCUGUCAAUGUGCAUUGUUAAAGAAAAUUAAAAAAAUAUUGUGUGAAUUAGUGUACCUUUCUGAGACUCGAUUCUGUGCCCCAACUUGAUGUACUAGAACUUAUAACCCUGAAUUGUCAGUAUCGGUUCAAUACAAAAAUGUACAAAUUUGUCCAAAUGCUGUUUCACAAGAGUAUUUCAUUGUUGGAAAAAUAAACUUCUACAUUAUAAAUAAACUCAAGUAAAAUC